ACAGGCCUGGAGAAAAACCUGACUGCUGCAACACUCAGUGCCAUGGGGGCCCAUUCUACAGAGGUGGAGGAUGCCUUCAUCCCCACCACCCCCAUGGCAGGCUCCAAGGCAGAGAGACUGCAGGCUUCUACCACUGCCAGUCCUGCGGACAUCACAGUUACACAUCCUGAGCAUGACAACAUGAGCUUGUCAGUCAACAGCAGCACUGAAAUCACCUCCCCUACCUUGACUGCCAGCACUCUGGAAGAAAACCAGCCCAGCCAUGAAGCCACAGAGCCUUUCAGCACAACUGAAGAAACGGAUGAUGCCAGCAGUGCAACCCCCACGCCUCCUCUGAACACUGGGCCGGCAACAACUAACAGCUCUCAGUCAGGGCUUUUUGAUGGGCAGACCCUGAGGCCCACAGCAGCAAGGUCUGAAACCAAGGCAGGAACGAGCCCUGUGGGUACCACAGAGGAGAGCACUGUGGAGCCCAGAACUUCCUCUGCUCCCAUCUCCAUUGUACGGAGCACGUCCUUUGCCACUGCUUCCAGUACUGUGACAGUGACGGUGACACCCCUCGUGACCAGCUCCACAUCUGCCAGCACAGCUGCCAUCCCCACCAGCACGCCCACACUGGCACAGUCAUUGGAGCCCAGGCAUGAGAAGACUUCUGUGUUGGAUGUUGGUGAUGAUAAUUCAGAGCUCCCCAGUUUGGCUGGUAAAGCGAGGGCUGACCCCUUGGUGAUCACUGUGAUCUCCGUGUUCAUUGUCAUGGUGGCCAUCCUGGCCCUGGUGGGAUUCCUGCGCUACCGCCAGCACAACAACCGCACCGAGUUCCGGCGCCUGCAGGACCUGCCCAUGGAUGACAUGAUGGAGGACACCCCUCUCUCCCUCUACAGCUACUAG